AUGGCCCCCUCACUCUCGCCCAGACGACCAGCAGCGAUGCUCUUCGCAUUCUCGACACUUCUGUUGUCACUACUGUCGGCACUGCCAAGAGCGGCGGGCUCGGCGUUGACGACCACCAUCGAGGCGAACCAGCGGACGUGUUUCUACGCGGCGGUGGACAAGGCGGGCGAGAAGGUCGGAUUCUACUUUGCCGUACAAUCCGGCGGCUCAUUCGACAUCGACUGGAUGGUGACAGACCCGACGGACACGAUCGUCAUCGAAGGCCAGCGCGAGCGACAAGGCGACUACAUCUUCACGGCCCACCACGUCGGCGAGUACUCAUUCUGCUUCAACAACGACAUGUCCUCCUUCUCGGAGAAGCUCGUCGACUUUGACAUUAUGGUCGAGUCGGAACCACGGCCCGUCGCGCCCGCUAAACCGACGGCGUUGACGGAGCAGACGAGCGCGCUGGAGGAGAGCAUCUACAAGCUCAGUGGUAGUCUGAGCAGCAUCCAGCGGACUCAGAAGUACUUUAGGACGCGGGAGAACCGAAAUGUCUCGACCGUGCGGUCGACCGAGUGGCGGAUCCUGACUUUCUCGAUGAUGGAGAGCGCGUUGAUGAUCGGCAUGAGCGCGGCGCAAGUGUGGAUCGUCCAGCGGUUCUUCUCCGGUCCUUCACGUCGUCGCCAGGUCUGA